AUGCAUCCUGCAAGACGGGCAUAUGUCAAUGAUGCCGCAGAGUGUACUGAUAUUCUGUUUUCCGGAAACUUAGCGAUCGACCGGGACUAUGACAUGCCUGCUGCUGCUGCGGGCAUUCCCCCUGAGAAAGCUUCUGCUAUCCUGUCGCAAUUUUCCCGUCGCAGAAGAGCUGCCGCAAUUGCCGUUCCCACCGAAGAUAGUCGAGUUCGUGCCAGAUUACGCGAGCUUGGACAUCCCAUCACCCUUUUCGGCGAAGAUGCUACAGAUAGACGAGACCGCUUGCGUGAGCUAUUGACGGACCUCGAGGAGCAGAAGGAGGCUGUUGACGCGGCUGCUGCUGAAGAAGGAGAGGAUGUAUCUAUGAAAGAGGGAAAGGACGGCGAUGAAGAAGAGGCAGAAGGUGAAGAGGAGUUCUAUACUGCUGGUGGACCAGAAUUAUUAGAGGCCCGGCAGAAGAUUGCUAGGUAUUCACUACCACGCGCAAAGGCCAGGGUUGAGCGGCAGAAAGAAGAAUCUACCAUCCCGCUACGUACACAUAUCAAACAUCGCAAGGCCGUGAAAGAGAAAUUACAGAGUUUUGAUCUCUAUGGUUCCCAAAUCGCGGGCGAGCGUCCAGUCAGCAUUUUGCGCUUUGCUCCGGAUGGUCAGACCCUAGCAGCGGGAAACUGGGGAGGAGGGAUUAAACUUCUCAACGUGCCAAAUUUAGAUGAAAAGGUUACAUUACGGGGCCAUACGGAUCGCGUUGGUGGAAUUUCAUGGUAUCCAGGUGCUACGAAACCCGAAUCUAACGUAUCAGAGUCAUCUGUCAACCUAGCGUCGGGAGGAGGUGAAGGAAACGUCAACCUUUGGUCUCUCACUCAAGAUACACCAGUGGCGACAUUGUCUGGCCACUCAGGACGCGUUUGUCGCGUGGAAUUUCACCCUUCAGGAGAUUACCUUGCCUCUGCUUCCUACGACACAACUUGGAGACUUUGGGACGUCGCGACUAGCACUGAGCUUCUCCUACAGGAAGGCCAUUCUCGAGAAGUUUACUCGUUGGCAUUUAAUUCCGAUGGCUCUCUCCUUGCCAGUGGUGGUCUGGAUAGUUAUGGGCGCAUCUGGGAUCUACGGACUGGUCGAACCGUUAUGAUUUUGGAAGGACAUAUCCGAGAAAUAUAUGGCCUGGAUUGGGGCGCUGACGGAUAUCGUGUGCUUUCUGGCUCGGGUGAUGGCUGGGUGAAAUGCUGGGAUAUCAGACAGGUACGGUGCACAGGUGGGGUAGGAGCUCAUCGCGGCGUUGUCUCAGACCUCAGGUGGUAUAAAGGAACUGAAUCAACAGCUUCAUGCCUCCCAUCCAUCCCGUUGCAAGACCAGAAUGGCGUCGCAAUCGACAAUCCCGUUAGCCCUUCAAUACCAGGAGAUGACCAAUCAUCAUCGUCACCCUCACAGCCAGUACAACCAAAGAAAUCGGGCACCUUCUUCGUUUCUAGUGGGUUUGACAAGAAUGUCAACGUGUUCAGCGCGGAUGACUGGUCACUUGUCAAGUCCUUGAGCGGACAUUCCGGAAAUGUUCUUAGCGUCGAUGUGAGCGAUGAUGUGAAAUGGAUUGCCAGCUGUGGCCACGAUCGUACGGUGAAACUCUGGGGCAUUGACAGUUGAUAGCAAUGGCAAUGUGAACCGACCAAAGCCGCUCUUGGCUACUGCCCGACCAGUAGGGGGGAACCUGUACUCUGCAACCUUCAAGAUCGAUCCGGAUAUCCUAUCUUCCGUCAUUGCGAUUUCGCUUGUCCCAUGUUUGGCCAAUGUUUGCGAUUAUUUUGACGUAUAAUUGGAAUGACCCAUCGAAACGUACUUGCCGCAGAAGGACGGAAGAAGCAAACUCAAAACAAUAAACAUGGGAGACUCCGAAAUAUUUGACCCAUUUUAACAACCACAGUAUCUAUACUCUGUGUGCUGCUAAGAUCUCUAACCCGAGGUUAAGAGUUACUUGAGAUAUCAGAAAUCGAAGGACGUAAAAACUGCUC